GGCCGGCGACUUGCCAUUGGACUAAAAAUAGCAGCGUCGCCCGCCCGCCCCAGGCCCCGGGUGCCCGCUCCCGCCCCGCGGCCCGCUCUCUGCGCCCGCCCCGGCCCGGCCGGCUCCGUCGCCCGCGCAGCCGCCCGCUGGCUGGCGCCGCCGCCGUGGACAGACUCCGCGCGCCGGCUCCGUCUCCGGCUCCGGCUUGGCUCGGCUCGGUGCACGCCGCGGCCAUGCAGCGCCGGGGCGCCCUGUUCGGCGUGCCGGGCGGCAGCGGCGGUAGGAAGAUGGCUGCAGGAGACAUCGGCGAGCUGCUCGUGCCCCACAUGCCCACGAUCCGCGUGCCCAGGUCUGGGGACAGGGUCUACAAGAACGAGUGCGCCUUCUCCUACGACUCCCCAAAUUCUGAAGGUGGACUCUAUGUAUGCAUGAAUACAUUUUUGGCAUUUGGAAGGGAGCAUGUUGAAAGACAUUUUCGAAAAACUGGUCAGAGCGUAUACAUGCACCUGAAAAGACACGUGCGAGAGAAAGUAAGAGGGGCAUCUGGUGGAGCUUUACCAAAAAGGAGGAAUUCCAAGAUUUUUUUAGAUCUAGAUACCGACGACGAUUUAAACAACGAUGAUUAUGAAUACGAAGACGAAGCCAAGCUUGUCAUAUUCCCAGAUCACUAUGAAAUAACACUGCCAAACAUCGAGGAGCUGCCGGCCCUGGUAACAAUUGCUUGUGAUGCAGUUCUCAGCUCAAAGUCUCCUUACAGAAAGCAGGACCCAGACACGUGGGAAAGUGAACUGCCAGUGUCUAAAUACGCCAAUAAUCUUACGCAGCUGGACAGUGGGGUCCGGAUUCCUCCAAGUGGUUGGAAGUGUGCCAGAUGUGACCUGCGGGAAAACCUCUGGUUGAAUCUGACUGAUGGCUCUGUGCUGUGUGGAAAGUGGUUCUUCGACAGCUCUGGGGGCAAUGGGCACGCGCUGGAGCAUUACAGAGACACGGGCUACCCUCUGGCUGUGAAACUGGGAACCAUCACUCCUGAUGGGGCAGAUGUUUAUUCUUUUCAAGAAGAGGAACCUGUUCUGGAUCCUCAUUUGGCCAAGCACUUGGCGCAUUUUGGAAUUGAUAUGCUUCACAUGCACGGGACAGAGAAUGGGCUCUGGGACAAUGACCUCAAGCCAAGGGUCAGCGAGUGGGAAGUGAUCCAGGAGUCGGGGACGAAGCUGAAGCCCAUGUACGGGCCUGGGUACACGGGUUUGAAGAACCUGGGCAACAGCUGCUACCUGAGCGCUGUCAUGCAGGCCAUCUUCAGCAUCCCGGAGUUCCAGAGAGCGUAUGUGGGAAACCUUCCAAGAAUAUUUGACUACUCACCCUUAGAUCCAACACAAGAUUUCAACACACAGAUGACUAAAUUAGGACAUGGCCUUCUCUCAGGCCAGUAUUCAAAGCCUCCAGUGAAAUCUGAGCUCAUUGAACAGGUGAUGAAGGAGGAGCACAAGCCUCAGCAAAAUGGGAUCUCUCCACGCAUGUUUAAGGCCUUCGUAAGCAAGAGCCACCCGGAGUUCUCCUCCAAUAGACAACAAGAUGCGCAGGAAUUUUUCCUGCACCUGGUGAAUCUAGUGGAGAGGAACCGCAUCGGCUCAGAAAACCCAAGUGAUGUUUUUCGCUUUUUGGUGGAAGAACGUAUUCAAUGCUGUCAGACCAGAAAAGUCCGCUAUACCGAGAGGGUAGAUUACCUGAUGCAGUUGCCUGUGGCCAUGGAGGCAGCGACCAACAAGGAUGAACUGAUCGCCUACGAAUUGACGAGAAGGGAGGCAGAAGCAAACAGAAGACCCCCUCCUGAGUUGGUUCGAGCCAAGAUACCAUUUAGUGCCUGCCUUCAGGCCUUUUCUGAACCAGAAAAUGUUGAUGAUUUCUGGAGCAGCGCCCUACAGGCAAAGUCUGCAGGCGUGAAAACAUCUCGCUUUGCCUCAUUCCCUGAGUACUUGGUAGUGCAGAUAAAGAAGUUCACUUUUGGUCUUGACUGGGUUCCCAAAAAAUUUGAUGUUUCUAUUGACAUGCCAGACCUACUUGAUAUCAACCAUCUCCGAGCCAGGGGGUUACAGCCAGGAGAGGAGGAACUUCCAGACAUCAGCCCCCCCAUAGUCAUUCCUGAUGACUCAAAAGAUCGCCUGAUGAACCAAUUGAUAGACCCAUCAGACAUCGAUGAGUCCGCAGUGAUGCAGCUGGCUGAGAUGGGCUUCCCUCUGGAAGCAUGUCGGAAGGCUGUGUACUUCACAGGAAACAUGGGCGCCGAGGUGGCCUUCAACUGGAUCAUUGUGCACAUGGAAGAGCCAGAUUUUGCUGAACCAUUGACCAUGCCUGGUUAUGGAGGAGUGGCUUCUGCUGGAGCUUCAUUUUUUGGUGCUACUGGAUUGGAUAACCAGCCUCCAGAGGAAAUUGUAGCUAUCAUCACCUCCAUGGGGUUCCAGAGAAAUCAGGCCAUUCAGGCACUACGAGCAACUAAUCAUAACCUGGAAAGAGCACUGGAUUGGAUCUUUAGCCACCCGGAGUUUGAAGAGGACAGCGACUUUGUGAUCGAGAUGGAAAAUAAUGCCAAUGCAAACAUUAUUUCUGAGGCCAAGCCUGAAGGACCUAGAGUCAGAGAUGGAUCUGGGAUGUAUGAAUUAUUUGCAUUCAUCAGUCACAUGGGAACAUCUACGAUGAGUGGCCAUUAUGUUUGCCAUAUCAAGAAGGAAGGGAGAUGGGUGAUCUACAAUGACCACAAAGUUUGUGCCUCUGAAAGGCCCCCUAAAGACCUGGGCUACAUGUACUUUUACCGCAGAAUACCAAGCUAAACUUCCCACAUCCAAAUCGGCAAAAGGAAGCCAUACACCGUUUUAAUUUGCCAAAACAACAACAACAACAACAACAACAAAAACAAAAACGUUGAGACAUCCAGACGUUUAUAGUUUAUUUAAAAAGCACGAUCAUUUGACACCUCCUGAAAUAGAACUGGGGAAAAAUUUCUAUUAGGGAUGAUAUACUAUUAUAGGUAGUUUUUAUAAAUGUUCAAGGAGAGGAUGAUAUUUAAAAAAAGUAUUCAUAUUGCUGGUGGAGAAUCUGCCAUCAGCACAUCAAAAAUGGGAAUAUGCCCCCAAUCCUCUGUUUUGCUUUGGGGAUCAAGGGUUGUGGCCCCAGAGGAACUGAUUAAUGUGGCCAGGGGUCUGGCCUUAUCCACAAUAAGAGAAAAGCUCACUUUUGUUUCAUAUAGAAAAUUAGCCACUGGGUGGAGCUUUAUUUGUGACAUAAUUUUUUUCAAGACACAAUAAUUUCUGACCUAUUCAUCCAUGUGUAAUAUAGCAUCUGCAAUGAAAGAUAUUUUUUAAUUAAAUCAUAUCAAAAUUCAUAAUAUGAUUAUGUGAAUGUGUGUAAGAGUGAGUGUGUGAGACCUUCUAUUAGAAAAAUGAGUCCACUAGAAAUUUUGCUGAAUUGGUUUUUAAAGGCUAAACAGUUAUAUUAAGCAUGUCUGAAAAAAGCAAGUAAAUAUGUAAUGAAAUUAUAACUCAGGAACAUUUGAAAAGAUUAGUUCCCCGCUUAGAUUUGAAGGUGUAAGAAGGGCUAAGUUAGCCCUUUAAGUGCUGUCAGGAAUUCACUUGGGUUUGUGACAUUGGUGGCAUAAUGCCAGAUGCCCACAGCAGCAUAAUACUGUACUUUGCCAAAGGUAGGUGAAUUUCCGUUUUCUCCGCAGCCCUUUCCCCCAAAAGGUAUAGUGUUUAUUUUUAGUUAAGAUAGCUAACUGAAAUUGUGUUAAGUGCCCUACAUCUGUCUGCAGUGUUCAGUCUUCACAGUCUCUGUCUGCCUCCGUAUUCACACUUUCUGGGGCCAGAGCCUCAUCUCUGUUCCCUGUGGUUUGUUACCCCCUAAUUUGCCUUCACUGCUUACAUGGUGUGACCAACAGCGUGAUCUUGUACAUUUUAAGGAUUUUAGAUACAAAGAAGUGUUUAUAUGACAUUCUGCAAGACUACCUUCCUGUUUUGGUCAUUUUCAGUGGUAUUUGCAAUCUGGGGUUAGGGUUUCAAAUGUGUUGAAAAGUGGAAUGAUAGUGUUCUGUAAUGUUCCUUUUACUCUACACCAAAUCCCAGAGUUUCUGCAGUUCCUAUUUCGGAUUAAUCAGAUGAAGGAAAAAGAAUUUAUUACUUCCCCCUUAACACGUAUUUGCUUGGCUGAAAGGAUCUUUCUAGAAACUGUAGGAAAACAGCAGAACUUACUGGGUGAAAUAAAAGCACAUUGGAUUGGGAUGUGGUGAGCUAUGGGCAAUCAGGAAUGUGGUUACCACAGGGGCACCUUGUUCACAGAUCAUCUAACGCUGUGCAAGUGAGGGUCGCAGUGUCGGAGGCCCAUGGCCUUGGGGACCCAGGUGCUGCCCCACCUGUCUGUGGACUUUGGACAAGUCCUUUACCCUUCCUGUGCCUCAUGGUCCUCAUCUGCACCGUGGUGCCAUGACACCUGCCCUCUCUUUCCAAUAUGGUGGGAUGGACCACGAUGGGCCUUUACAGAGUGGAAGGCGGUGUGUGGUGGCAGCUCCUGGUGGAGUAUGCUUCCUGCCUUGUCUCGUCUGAUGUUUUUCUCAGUUUGGGAACUAAUGUAAUUCGCAGAAGGUGGGAGCUCAAAUUACAGUCAUUCUCUACUGAAGUGUGCCCGUCUGAUGUUGAUUUGAGCAUCCUAAAGCAGUUGUGCUCUGUUCCUCGAGUCUCUGGCUCCCAUGAACAUCCCCAUGCUAAACUGCCUUACAAAAUCCAGUCCCCUUAGGGCUGAUUUGAAUCUUAGAAUAAUGAUUGCAGACAUGCAUCAAAAAUGGCUUGUUUCCAUUGAUAUUACAAAGCAAAGGCCCUUUUUUUGGAAUGGGGGACAGGAGGGUUUGGAUUGAAAUGUGGACACAGAUAGCAUGUGUAUUUUGAACAAAAUAAAAAUUUUAUAAUAAAACUUUGCAAAAUGAAUGGUGUAAAAUCAACAUUUGAGAUUAUAGUCCAUAAAUUAUUUAAUUUAAUUAAACAGAACAAGAAAUUUAGCCCUCUUGAUGCCUAAACACAUUGUAGGAAAGCAUACUAUGGCUGUCUCACAACACAAAGGGCUAUUCGUACAAGGCAAAGUUUUGUAUAUGUGCUAUUCUUUACUUUAGGUUGAGAGUUAAGAAAAACUGGAGCAAAUAUUGGUUUUCUUUCUUGCUUAAAAAUGUAUUUAUAUGUGUAUCUUAAUUUAUACAAGGCAGGUUUCCCUAUGAAAAUCUGGAAUGUAUCACUUAAUUUUACCUGGGUGUAGAUGACAUUAUUUGUGACUGAGAACUGGAAUAUGUGGAUUGUAUCAACCGAUUAUCAGCCAGUUAGGAGUCCUCUGUGUGAGGUAUGUUGGUAUAAUUGUGAAAUUCUCACUGUACGAGUUUGUGGGUGUCUUUGUGAAAGACAGCACUUUCUUUCUGUAAAUAGCUUUUGAUAUACGUUUGUGUAGAAUCCCAAUGAAUGUGUCUUUGGAAGAAAAUGUAAUGUAUCAAAAUUUUUACUUUGUGGUUCUAAAUGCCCAUUCAACUAAUCAGAAAUCCAGUUUGGUUCACAUUGGGAUUUUCUCUUAAAGGAAAAAUAGUGUAUGCAGAAAAAACUCUCGAAAGAAUCAUGUUUUAGCAACAUUUUACAUGAACCUUGCUUCAAUAUUUUGGAAACAAUGAAGCUGCUUUCUUCCACCUACAAGAGAAUGUGCCUCCCAUUUCCCAGUUGCUCACUUUGAGCUGAAAUCCUGUGGGUAAAGCUUGAGCCUUUUGCUCCUGCGUUGCUUGUCCGUUACCUGAACCAGAGCCUGACCUGCAGUUCAUGGUGAGAAGGCCUGGCCGGCAUCCAGGCUGCACCUAUCAGUGUGGUGAGGCCAAGUCGCUGUGCCUCUCUGGGUGUUUUUCUUUGUAAUGAGAGUGUUAGAUUAGAUGAGCUCAGAAGUCCUUUCUGCCUCUAAAAGUCUCCUCUAUUUUUAUAGAAGGGAUCACCUAGAGGUUCAGAUCUUAUAUUUGUGAAUUGUCGUAGCUUCUAUGCUGCAGUUGAGGACCUAUGUCAUUUUUAGUGUCCCUGUCCCAUUUCUAUUUCUGCUUUGCUUAUCUUUACUUUCUUUGGUCACCAUCCCAUUUUUUUUCUACUCUUGAAACUCAUGACUUUCCAAUCCAUGAAGUACUUUGCCUCCAUCCCCUUCAAAAUUAAAAAAAAAAAAAAUCCAUUUAAAACAUCUCCUUAGAAAAGGCUCAAAACUGCAUUCAGCUAAAUCCGUCACAUUUAUAGAAUAUUUUAAAAUUCUAAGGGAGGGCAGGGAAAAAGUUCUAAUUCAGUUCUAGCUGUGAUCUCCAGCUAAGUCUGACAAAGUUGUCUGUCACAGGUGGGAUGUCCGUUUCAUCUUGUAGCCAUCACUGUUGCUAAAUCCCAUCAGGACUAGGGGAUGAGGUUAGAUAAAAUGUGACUCUGUCCCUUUCUUUAAAAGAUUCUAUCCUAUCCUAUCCUUUGCUUUAAAAUCCUAGGUUGUAGAACAUAGUCCUAUUGUCUUAAAUUGGUGUACAAGAUCACAUCCAUGGUGUCACAGAGAUUUCCCACUCAGCAAAUCCCCCCGGAAGAGUUUGUGUCUGCUUCUCGAGGCCUGUGCCAUUCACUCUGGUGGUCAACAGCCCCAUGUGGCAAACGACCACUUGAAAUUUGGUGUUUGAGAUUGUGCUAUACACAUAAAAUACACAGCAGAUCUCAAAAGGCUUGGUACCAAAAAAGAACUUAAAAUAUUUCUUCAAUCUUUUAUAUUGAUCACAUGCCGAAAUGAUAGUAUUUUGUAUAUACUGAUUAAAUCAAAUAAUUAGUAAAUAUGAUUGAAGUUGUUUUCACCUAUUUUUGUCUUUUUAAAAUGUAGCCACUAACAAAUUUAAAUUAGAUGUGCGGCUGCAGCUGCACUUCUACUGGACAUGCCCCUCCAGACCUGCGUGAUGUGGGGCAGGCAGUGACAUCCCACAGGUAGGAAAGGCCACUCUGGGAGGCAUCUAAAUAGAAGCGACACAAAUGGUUUUGCUCAAUUCAAGAGCACAGUGCCUGCCAGAAAGCAGAUUUUUCUGCAUAAAAACCAGUAUAGACACGUAUGAUCUAUAAUUUUUUUUAAUAAAAAAAAAAACAUAAGCACAUGAGCCCCAAACUGUCACCUUUAGUCUUGCCUGGGAGCUGCUGUCUCUGCUUCUCUUUUUCUAGUAUCUGUCGGGUGCCAAGGGUAUUAGCACAUCAGGGUGUUCGGCAUACUUGUUUCAGUUUGGGUGACAUUCUCUUGUGGUUUUCCUCCCUGGGUAUUUUGUAGUCUGUUCCAAGCUGGCUGUGUGGAAUCCUGUGCCCUCCCUGUGCCACUCUCAGCCUUGGCAGAGGCUGAGCCUAUUUCCUGUGCCCACCUGCCCAGCAGGGUUUGAUGCUGGCUCCUCAAAGAGUUUGUACUUAUUUUAUUUUGCACUAGACACAGUUGUUGUUUAAACUAUAUAAAAUGUUUUGGGAGAAUAUUUGCCUGUGAUGAAAAGAGAGAUGGAUGAUUUAUUGCUUCAAUCAUUUUAAAUUAAAAGCUAUUCUCACAAUCUGAA